AUGGCCGACAAGUUAGCAGAACGAAUCGCCCAACUGCGGCAACGACUGGCUGACGUCGAGGAAGAGGAGAGAAGGCUGGUCCAAGAGGAAGAAAGGGAGGCUGCGCAGAGAAUACAGGCGGCAAAACAACUGGAGGAGGACAGGUUCCUGUUUGUCAAACGGAAACUAGUGUUCAGCUUCCAGAAGUUUCGAACCGAAGGUCGUCAUUUGACCGCCUCCGAGAUCGAGAAGGGGAAGUUCUACGACCUCAACCUCCCCAAGCGCGGACGGUACCGUGGCCCCCGGCUGCUAGCGGGGAGGUGGAAAGGAACCCACUUCCAUUGGGACCCGGAUGACAUCGGCCACCAUUGGAACGCGGAGGAGGCCAAGCUGGCUCGGCAAAGUCUUCAAAGAAGACUGAAAGUGCACAAGCUUCACCUGGAACGCACUCUCGGAUGGGGCGGGAAUGGGAUUGCUUCCCUGUACCGCUUCAAACCGGGACCUAACGCUCCCGUUGAGCACUUCGUCGUCAAGAGUGUCAUUAAUCCUACCGAAUCAAAGGUGUCGAGCUUGAAACGGGAGAGGGAGCGUCACGCGGUAUACCGGGGUGCUCUGCAUAUCGUUCAGUCGCGAGACCUUGUGCCGGCUCAAGGACGGAACCCGGCUUCGUUCGAUGAGCUCAUCUUUCUCGAGUAUCUUUGGCGUGGUAGCCUGCACAAGAUCAUUUGUUCUGCCGCACAAAACCAAGAACCUUUCCCCAACCGGUUACUAUGGCACAUGUUCCACUGCGCAAUCAAAGGAUGUAUUGCGAUGGAGUACCCACCCUCUAAAGACGAUUGGCGGGAUUGCGAGAGGGAUGAUACAGGUGGGAUUAUCGGAGUGGUUAGCGAGCGCAUCCGCCCUGAUCACCGGGCUCUGUACGAUCAAGGUGUGCGGGAUGGAACCUGGAAGGAUAGGGGCAACGCACCAGGGGGGGAAGGUCUGGUUCAUUUUGAUAUUGAUCCUCAGAACCUCCUUUUCGGCGGCUGUCCUAUCGGGCCACCUGACGACCCUCACGACCACUUCCCCGUUAUGAAGGUGGCAGACCUUGGGAAUGCUCGGAACAUCGACGCAAGCUUUCUACGUACGAGGAAUAACAUGUGGACUUGGCGAGAACAAGGGAAAUCAUCCUUCUGUACACCGGAACAAUUCACCGCCGAAUGGGAUUGGGUGAAGAACUACCCCGACGAGGAGGUACCCAUCACCGAGGAAGAUGCCAACAACGGGAUAUUGCCUCCCGCUCCCAUGGAAGUAGCUGGUAAAUACUCCUGGAAGACGAACCUCUACCAACUCGCCCUCUCCAUGGUCUGCGCUAUAACACUACACCUACCCGCCCUGCCGCCCUUCCCCGGCCAGAUCGAGGUCGUCGACCCGCGGGACGGCGUGCGCAAGAGGGCCUGGUCGUAUGGCGCCUACAUCCUCGAGGCCAAGUACAAGAGUGUCGACUGGAAGCUGCGGCACCUGGUGGCAUGGUGUCUGUGCGAGAGGCCUGGGCACCGGCCGAACAUGAAGGAGCUCCUGCAGAUGGUGGAGGACUACCUGGAGACCAAGGAGUGGGGUAAUAACGACAGCGAUGAGGUCGUGCAUGAGUGGCUGGUGGGCAAUAUGGAUAUUCCGCCCCCGCCGCGGAGUCGGAAGGAGUGGGUUGAUGAGCCUGUGGGUGUUGGGCCGAUGCCAUGAUGAACUCUGGGAGAAAUGUGCUGGAGGGGGUAUGCCGGCAUGGUUCCCGUAGCAUAAAAGGGGACUUGGACUUUACUUAGAAAG